CGUUUGGGCCAGUCGCUGACGUCGGGCAGGAACGGGCGGCGGUCACCAGGGCUUGCCCAACACGGGUUUCGGCUGCUGUAGUGGGAUCCGGGCGCUAGGAGCGGCUGUGCGAGGCCAGAGAGCAUGGGUCAACAGUGAGAUGCAGGAGCCGCGGCGUGGAUGGGCCGGUUCCGAGAACCUGAACGGAGACAGGUCGCAACCCAACACGCCGUGGGCACCGGCCCUGUGCUAAUUACCCUCCUCCUGUAACCUGCGUGGAGCCACCACGCUUUUCAAAUCAGUUCCUAGAGACAGUAGUGCACGAUGUGACUUUCCGCGUGGAGGGUCGAGCUUGUUUCUGUCCAGCGAACAUUUAACUGCACUCCUGGCUACGUCAUGGGGCGCUGCUCGCCCACCCCGAGUCCAAGGCAGGGGUACGGAUCAGCUUGGUGAGCAGGGGCGGCUGCAGCGCUCUCGGGCUAAGUCGAGUGUGAACGCCGAGGGGGCAGCACUGAGACCUCUUACGUCCAGGUGGAAGGUGACCACCGGGGGCAGCACGGAACCCCCGGUGGGCCGGGUCGAGCGUGACCACGGAGUGGGGGGCAGCACUGAGCCCACUGACGCCAAGUAGAGCGUGAUGACCGGGGGCAGCACUGAGUCCCGCCACUCUCUGUUUGCUGCACUUGUGUUGCAGGGGUGGGGUGACUACAAAGCACUGGAGAUAAAACGCCCCUGGUGUUUUUCCUGCUUUUCAAGGCUCCUCUGACCGUAUUUACAUGCACGAGCUCCACGGAUUUUGAUCCGUCUUGCAGGUCAGUAACAUUUGUGCUCCAUGCAUUAAUGUUGUUCGUCUUCUUUUCUUCCAGGGCAUAGUGGAAUGAAAAAGCUCAAACAGCAUUGCCCUGCCGCCAGCUUGGUGCCUGCGGUGACGACGGGGUUAUCAAGUAUCUAAUUACUUUUAUCAAGGUAGAAUUUGUGGACUCCUGCUAAUGUCUAAGCACAAUUUUCUCUUACUUGGGACACUGUUGGGCAACCUUCUUAGAUGAUUUUCAGAAAAUGUGGAAAAACAAGCAGAAAGUUCUCUGAACUAAGUGGACUUUUUCACAAGAGACGUGCAGGGCUUCGGUGUGCGGAGCCCUAGCGCUUGUGUCCCGGCAGCAAGAGCUGACGCCGAGACGCCAGAGACUGUGGCAGGCAGGUGGCCCCGCAGCCCUAAUGCUGCCGGCCCCUGGCCCCCACGGCCACUAAAGCGACCCCGUGGGGUUUUGAGGCUGUGACAGAGCACCCCCUCGCCGUCCCCUGGGCUCGGACUCCUGAGUCGCUGAUUCCCUGCGUCGUGGACGCGCCUGACGGGAGCUGCCGAGACCAGACGGGCCAACCCCGAGUGUCAGCGUAGGCGGGGCCGGGUGUGGCCGGGCGAGCGUAACCUGGCGACUCGGACUCGGCGUCCUUUUUAGGGUAUCGCUUCUAGCCACGGGGCAGCGCCUCUGCCCUGCCAGGUCCGGAGAGGCGGCGGCGGCGGCGUCCGGACAGUCCCGGCUGAGGUCCGGUGUCCCUGAGGUGAGCGCCCCCGGGGGGCCAUGAUGGGCAAAGUGUUGAAAACCGUCCUGCUUAGGAGACCGGGCCGACUCUCGCCUUGAAAGGAUUCGCAGCAUAUAUCUAUAAAGAUGCCUUAGAAGAAGAACCAUGGAAAAGUAUGUUAGACUACAGAAGAUUGGGGAAGGUUCCUUUGGAAAAGCCAUUCUUGUUAAAUCUACAGAAGAUGGCAGACAAUAUGUCAUCAAGGAAAUUAACAUCUCAAAAAUGUCCAGUAAAGAAAGAGAAGAAUCAAGUAGAGAAGUUGCAGUGUUGGCAAACAUGAAGCAUCCAAAUAUUGUCCAGUAUAGAGAAUCAUUUGAAGAACAUGGAUCUCUCUACAUAGUGAUGGAUUACUGCGAAGGAGGGGAUCUGUUUAAACGAAUAAAUGCUCAGAAAGGCAAUUUGUUUCAAGAGGAUCAGAUUUUAGACUGGUUUGUACAGAUCUGUUUGGCCCUGAAACAUGUUCAUGAUAGAAAAAUUCUUCAUCGAGACAUUAAAUCACAGAACAUAUUUUUAACCAAAGAUGGAACUGUACAACUUGGAGAUUUUGGAAUUGCUAGAGUUCUUAAUAGUACUAUAGAGCUGGCUCGAACUUGCAUAGGGACUCCAUACUACUUGUCACCUGAAAUCUGUGAAAAUAAACCUUAUAAUAACAAAAGUGACAUUUGGGCUCUGGGUUGUGUCCUUUAUGAGAUGUGUACCCUUAAACAUGCAUUUGAAGCUGGCAGUAUGAAAAACCUGGUACUGAAGAUAAUAUCUGGAUCUUUUCCACCUGUGUCUUUGCAUUAUUCCUAUGAUCUCCGCAAUUUGCUCUCUCAGUUAUUUAAAAGAAAUCCUAGGGAUAGACCAUCAGUCAACUCCAUAUUGGAGAAAGGUUUUAUAGCCAAACGUAUUGAAAAGUUCCUGUCACCUCAGCUUAUUGCAGAAGAAUUUUGUCUAAAAACGUUUUCAAGGUUUGGAGCACAGCCUAUACCAGCUAAAAGACCAGCUUCAGGACAAAGCUUGGUUUCUGUUGUACCUACUCAGAAAAUUACAAAACCUGCUGCUAAAUAUGGAGUGCCUUUAACAUGUAAGAAACAUGAAGAUAAAAAAUUAUAUGGAAAGAAACCACUCCAAAAACAUAAACAGGCCCAUCAAACUCCAGUGAAGAGAGUGAAUCCUGGAGAAGAAAGGAGGAAAAUGUUUGAGGAAGCCCCAAGAAAGAGAAGUUUGGAAUUUAUUGAAAAAGAAAAGAAACAAAAGGAUCAGAUUAUUAAUUUAAUGAAGGCUGAACAAAUGAAAAGACAAGAAAAGGAAAGGUUGGAGAGAAUAAAUAGGGCCAGAGAACAAGGAUGGAGAAAUGUACUAAGUUCUGGUGGAAGUGGUGAAAUAAAGGCUUCCUUUUUUGGCAGUGGAGGGGCUCUAGCUCCAUCUUUUUCUCCUCGAGGACAAUAUGAACAUUACCAUGCCAUUUUUGAUCAAAUGCAGCAACAAAGAGCAGAAGACAGUGAGGCGAAAUGGAAAGGAGAAAUACAUGGUCGAGGGCUUCCAGAAAGAGGAAUUCUGCCUGGAGCUCGUCCAGGAUUUCCUAAAGGGGCUGCAGGUCAUCAACACCAUUUCCCUGAUGCUGAUGGUAUUAGGAAAACUUUGAAAAGAUUGAAGGCCGUGUCUAAACAAGCCAGUGCAAACAGGCAAAAGGGACAGCUAGCUCUAGAGAGAGCUAAACAAGUGGAAGAGUUCCUGCAGCGGAAACGGGAGGCUUUGCAGAAUAAAGCUCGAGCCGAAGGCCAUGUGGGAAUCCUGCAAAACCUGGCAGCUAUGUAUGGAGGCAGGCCCAGCUCUUCAAGAGGAGGGAGGCCAAGAAACAAAGAGGAAGAGGUUUAUCUGGCAAGACUGAGGCAAAUAAGACUACAGAAUUUCAAUGAGCGCCAGCAAAUUAAAGCUAAACUUCGUGGUGAAAAAAAAGGAGCUGAUAGUUCCGAAGGAGAAGGAAGUGAAGAGGCUGAUGUGAGGCGAAAAAAAAUUGAAUCAGUCAAGGCCCGAGCAAAUACACGUGCUGCUGUCCUAAAAGAACAGCUAGAGCGAAAGAGAAAGGAAGCCUAUGAGAGAGAGAAGAAAGUGUGGGAAGAGCAUUUGGUGACUAAGAGUUCUGAUAUUUCUUCACCUUUGGGUCAGCACGAAGCAGGUGGCUCUCCGUCAAAGCAAAUGAGACCUGUUAUUUCUGUGACUUCAGCUUUAAAGGAAGUGGGUGUGGACAGUAGUUUAACUGACACCCAGGAAACCUCAGAAGAAAAGCAAAAGACCAAUAAUGCUAUUUCAAGUAAGCGAGACAUACUACGUAGAUUAAAUGAAAAUCUCAAAGCUCACGAAGAUGAAAGAGGAAAGCAGUGUCACUCUGACACUCGUGAGAUCACUGCCCAUGAAGAUGCUGAAGACCACGGAAAGGAAGAGUUCAUUUCAUCUGAUCGCAGGAGGUGGGAUGCAAGAGGUCAACUCGUGAUUCCUCCAGACCACCUAACACUGGAUACGUCCUUCUCUGCAUCCAAAAAACAUACAGUGGGAGAAGUUAUUAAAUUAGAUCCUAGUGGAUCUCCAAGAAAAGUCUGGGGGAAAAGUCCUACAGAUUCUGUUCUAAAGAUACUUGGAGAAGCUGAAUUGCAACUUCAAACGGAAGUAUUAGAAAACACAACUGUUAGAAGUGAGAUUUCUCCUGAAGAGGAAAAGUACAAGCCUUUAAUUAUUGGAGAAGAAGAAGUACAGUGUAUUUCACGUGAAAUAAACCCAUCAACUACUGUUGAUUCUCCUUCUGAGACAAAAAGUCCCAAGUUUAGGGAGGCAGCUCCACAGACAUCGAAACCUGAAGCAAAUUUGGAGGAACCUGAUGAUUUGGAGACAGAAAUUCUACAGGAGCCAAGUGGAACAAACAGAAAUGAACGCUUGCCAUGCCCUGUGACCAAUGUGUGGAUUAGUGAGGAAAAACAAACGAAGCAAACUGAGUUGGAAGGUGGGAUCACCACUCAGCAAGGUGAGGUUCCUGAAGAGGGAAUGUUGAGGAAUUUGGACCAACCCAAGGAAGUCUACACAGAACCUGGGAUAGAUGAUUCUCAGCACUCCAAAUGUGAUACAGAUAAAUCUAAGCAACCAGAACCAUUUUUCCAUAAAGUGGAUCAUUCUGAACCCUUGAACUUAAUUUCUCAAGUUCAAUCAAUUCAUUGUUCACCAGGAGAAUCCUUUCCACUUCGAUCUCACUCUGAUUCACCACCAAGAAGUAAAAACAAGAAUUCCUUACUGAUUGGACUUUCAACUGGUCUGUUUGAUGCAAAUAACCCAAAGAUGUUGAGGACAUGUUCACUUCCAGAUCUCUCAAAGCUGUUUAGAACCCUAAAGGAUGUCCCCGCUGUAGCAGAUGGCCCUCAAGACAAUCUUGAAAUAGAUGAAAUUGAAGGUGAACACAUUAAAGAGGGACCUUCUGAUUCUGAAGAUGUCGUGUUUGAAGAAACUGACACAGAUUUACAAGAGCUCCAGGCGUCAAUGGAGCAGUUACUCAGGGAACAACCUGGUGAGGAAUACAGUGAGGAGGAAGAGUCAGUCUUAAAGAACAGUGAUGUGGAGCUGACUGCCACUGGAACAGGGCUGGCAGAGGAGGAGGACAGUCCCAGCAGUGAAAGUGCCUUGAACGAGGAGUGGCACUCAGAUAACAGUGAUGGUGAAGCUGUAAGUGAAUGUGAAUGCGACAGUGUCUUCAACCACUUAGAGGAGCUGAGACUUCACCUGGAGCAAGAGAUGGGCUUUGACAAGUUCUUUGAGGUGUAUGAGAAAAUAAAAGCUAUUCAUGAAGAUGAAGAUGAAAAUAUUGAAAUUUGUUCAAAAAUAGCUCAAAAAAUUUUGGGAAGUGAACAUCAGCAUCUUUAUGCCAAGAUUCUUCAUUUAGUUAUGGCAGAUGGAGCCUACCAAGAAGAUAAUGAUGAAUAAUCCUCAGAACAUUCUUUAAUCCUCAAGUACAUGAAAGCAUUUGAAUUUGGCUUAUCAGAAUAACAAGUUUCAGAGGGAAAUACAACAAUUAUUUAUUUAAAAAAAUCAGAUUUACGAUGAGUAUGCUUAUUGCAUGAAAAAGAUGGAGAAACGUGCCAUUUUGUAGCAAAGAUUCUAGUAUUAUCUAUUUUGCUUGUUAAGUUCUGCAGUUGAAUCCUGUAGGAUAUAAACUUCCUUAAACCACCCAACCAAAGCAUAAGAAACAUUGACCCAGAACUGGACUUAAUGGUUUGAAGAUUUACUAUGCAAUAAGGUACCUCUGACUUUCAGCAGAUAUCUUUAGGUUGAAGGAAUUGCUAGUGUUAUGAAAGACCUGCCUGCGGUUUUUCAUUCAGGUCUUAAAACAGGACCCUUUUUUCCUGUGGUAUUUGUUUUCAUCCUGGCCAGCAAUUCUGCAUCAGUUAACCUUGUCAAGGGCUCUGCUGAAGAUGGAAUAUUUAGCCUUAAAGUUUAUAUUCACAAGUCUUUUUCAACCAGCGUGUCUCCUGAACUAGCUCAGUGAAAACGGGCUAUAGAAACAGUCUCAGAAAUGAUUAGAAGAUUUGAUUAUGAGCAAAUAGCAAGAUUACAUUUCCUAAUAUUUAAAAAGUUGGUUUAUUGCCUCUUUCUCAUUAAGGACCUGAACCAGGAAUAUUAUGUCUAAAAAUUAGUCUGUGGAUUUUAACAUUUACCUAGUUAAAUGUUACCUAGUAAAGUUGCCGUCUUGGUUUUUAACUUUCUGUGAUGCAUAUGCUUCAAGGUCAAUAAAGGGAUUAAAAGAACAAAGGAAUCAUUUUUAUUUUGACACUGUCUCAGAUUUGGUAACCUGUAUCCCAAAGGGAAGUGUUUGCUUUUCGUGCUUCUUUCCAUUAGGAGAGGAUUUAGUUAAGUCAUUAACAUGAUGGUCUCCCAGCUUUAAUCGCAAUAUGCCACAUAUUACAUGGUUUCAUUAGUGACAUCUACAGUCCAGAUGUUUUUAUAAUAAAAGCAAAAUAUAAUCUUGACACUGUCAGAUUUGGUAACCUGUAUCCCAAAGGGAAGUGUUUGUUUUUCGUGCUUCUUUCCAUUAGGAGAGGAUUUAGUUAAGUCAUUAACAUGAUGGUCUCCCAGCUUUAAUCGCAAUAUGCCACAUAUUACAUGGUUUCAUUAGUGACAUCUACAGUCCAGAUGUUUUUAUAAUAAAAGCAAAAAUUUUGAAACUCCCAAGUACAAAGCAGACUGAUUUGCAUAAUAUGUAAUUUGAAAAAUAAAAUCUUGCAGCACUAUCAAUAUAUGUUGAAUUUAUUAUGUAUAUUAUUUCUAACAUCCUAAACUACUUGAUUUUUAUAUGUUUACUUUAUGAUACUGUUAUUAAAUUUUUAUCACCACCAUUGACUGUCUUUUAUUAGUGCUUUUCUCUAUAGAAAUCUUAUACACAGAGCUAAGAAUAUUUUCAUUGGUUUUAUACCUGAUGAUUUUCUUUUUUUUUUUUUGGUAUUGUUGGGGAUUCAUUGAGGGUACAAGAUACCAGGUUAUACUGAUUGCAUUUGUUAGGUAAAGUCCUUCUUAACAAUUGUGGCUUUCCCCCAAAAGGUGUGUCACACACCAAGACCUUUCCCCCACCCU